AUUUGUUCUUCAGCUGCGCAUGAAAUAUGCAUCGCAAGUACCUACCUCCGCGGCGACCGCGAGGAUUAUAUAUUUGAUACUAGGAUACUGCGAGUCCAAGCUAUGGUGUUGGAAUAAGGUAGAUUGUGGCUUGGUCACUGACAUCAUGGAUAUUCAAUUUCGAGCUAGGCCCGCAGGUCUCAGAUCGGAUAUAAAUGACACAUCACAUCACGACAGCGUCAGGUGUUAUCGUUUGUUUGCCAUUCUUCAGUGUGGAACGUCAACAGCGAAAAAAUGGCUGCUAUGAAGCCAAGGGUGAUUUACUGGUUCCGAACCGACCUUCGUCUCCAUGACUCGCCCGCGUUGAAAGCUGCCCUUGACCUAGAACCUGAAGUGCUCUGGCCUAUCUUCACAUGGGACCCUCACUAUGUUUAUCAUGUCAAAGCCAGCCCAAAUAGAUGGCAAUACAUACUUGAUUGCCAGCAAGAUCUUUCGGAUUCGAUUCGGAAGCUCAACUCAAAGUCCAAACUCUUUGUGAUUAGGGAGGCCCCUCAGACUCUAUUCCCAAAAUUGUUUUCUGCUUGGAAGGCUACACAUCUUGUGUUUGAGAGAGACACCGAUGCUUACGCACGGGAAAGAGACAAGGUGGUCACCGAUGCAGCUAAGAAGGCCGGAGUCGAAGUCAUAACGCGUUACGGUAGAACGCUUUGGGAUAGCGAUGAAAUUGUUGCGAAGAAUGGAGGCAAACCUACGAUGUCUAUUACCCAGCUUCAAGCCGUUGGUCAGAAAGUUGGGGAGAUCCCAAAACCAAUUCCUGCGCCAGUUCACUUCCCAGAUCCCGGAGAGAUGCCCAUUAACUUCAGCCAAGAGCCAACUUCAAAAACAGACGAUCUAAAUGCUUCUUACCGACGCAAGGUGGAUAAUACUUACAGAAGCAUUGCCGGCCCCAAGGGCGACUUCGCUGUUGAGACACUAGAGGAGCUUGGUUUUCCAGCAGCUACUACGCCACACCGAGGCGGCGAGACUUUGGCACUGCAACAGCUUGAUAAAGUGAUGGCCGACGAAAAAUAUGCCGCUACUUUUAGAAAACCCAAGACAAGCCCGGCUUCCAUAGAACCAGCUACAACUCUUCUCUCGCCUAACUUACACUUCGGUGCUCUAUCCCCUCGACUCUUUUACUGGCGUGCCAUGGAGGUGGUUGAGAAGUAUGGUAAAGGGGCUUCGCUACCACCAGAAAGUUUAACGGGUCAGCUUUUAUUUCGUGACAUGUAUUUUGCGGCACAGGCAGCGAUCGGUUCUCCGUAUAUACAGACACUGAAUAACCCCUAUGUUCGAUUUAUUCCUUGGCACCUACCAUCGGAAUAUGAUGAUGCAGACAUGGCUAUUAGUGGCAAGUAUCACGUCGACUCGCCACAAGCUGACAAGUGGUUCCGACGGUGGAAAGCCGGGGUUACAGGAUUCCCUUUCGUGGACGCUCUUAUGCGCCAGCUACGUAUUGAAGGAUGGAUCCACCACUUAGGUCGUCAUCUGGUCGCGUGUUUUCUGACAAGGGGUGGUUGUUAUGUGCACUGGGAGCGAGGCGCCGACGUGUUCGAGGAGCUACUGAUCGAUCACGAGCCAGCCUCGAAUGCUGGAAACUGGCAGUGGUUAAGCUGCACAGCCUUCUUUUCGCAGUAUUACCGGUGCUACAGCCCAGUAGCAUUCGGACAGAAGUGGGACAAAAAUGGCGACUUCAUUCGCAAGUGGGUGCCCGAAUUAAAACAUCUGGAUGCAAAGUAUAUCUACGAGCCUUGGAAAGCGACCCAGGCAGCGCUUGAUGACGCUGGUGUACAGAUUGAAGGGGACGGCUUGAGCGAUGACGGGAAGGAUGGCAUAUACCCAGUGGCCAUGUUUGAUUUCAAAGAGAGGAAAAGCAUCUGUCUUGCUGCAAUGAAGCGUGCUUUUACGAUUGGCCUCCACGGAAACGAUGAAGCGGUUAAGAAUGGAUCGUGGAAGCAGCUGUUUGAGAAAGCAGGAGAAACAGAGAUGGAAGGACGCGAUGGAAUGAAUGGCUCUGACGACGACGAGGAUGGAGGAGAGCACGCCGACGAUGAUGACGACGAACUGAGGCAUAACCUGAAGGGUCGCAAUAGUGGCAAGCACCCAAGAAGCAAGAGUAGUACUGUUAAAGAAGGGCCGAUGGACCGACAUGUGAAGAAGCUGAAAGCCUAAGUCUGCUUCUUCUUGGGUGUAUGCAGUACGCUCAAUACCUCAGCGCUCUCCAUACAGGCAGGAGUAAUAAAUAUCUAGAUUUAUUCUUCUUUAUUCGCAUACCAGGCUUCCAUCUUAGGAGAAGAGCGGAGUAGAGAUCAUUAUGCAGGGAAAUCAGGUGGUUAUUUCUGGUCUGAAGGGUUGGCUGGCACAGGCUCUUCCUUCUGCAUAGAUAUCUGUACAUAGGUCGACCGCUUAAGGCAGCUCGUGCCUUCAUGAUGGCCCGAAUAGCCCCGUAGAUUCCUAGUGAUGUUGGGCCAUUAACGUUGGAACUCAUAAGAGCGAGUUUCUUACUUCA